GGGUCGGGGUUUGGUUUACGUCAUCAGAUUCCCUUGGCAGGGAGGCUUCAUCCCUCCAGUUGACCAUCAACAAGGAAAACGGUCAACAGCAAACCAGAACAUAGGAAUACGACACUCGAGCAGACCAGCUCAACAGACACUACCGUAGAAUCUCGACGGUCAACCGAAUCCUAGAUUAUCAUGGCUUCCAACCGGGUAAAGAUCGAUGAGCUUCAACAGCGGAUAGCCAAGGAGCGCAAGAUUAUUCAUGGCUUUCAGGUGAUGAGAACGGCUACCGGGAAUCAGGAUAUCAUUAGAUCUUGUGAUUCGAAGAUUAGGGAUAGCGAGAAGACCAUCUCAUUCUACGAGCAAUCGAUUCGUGAACUACAUGAAUCAGUCGAUCAAGGCACCUCAACCAGCGCCCCCUCCACUCGGGAGGCCCCAGUCGAUCCCAGACCUACUCAUUCUGCUCAUUCUAGUCACUCGACCUCUUACUCCGAUCAACCAUCCUCCCACUCUACUCUCGUGCCCUCCUCACCGGGCUCAAAGAACUCUACGGGUGCAAAGACUUACUCUCCACUGGAUCUCAUCAAAUAUGACACUCCUCUUACCGCCGCCAAGAUUGGACGGAUGUUACAUCAUCUUGAAUUCAAGAUCGCAGUCGAAAAUCAGUACAAGAACGGGAUCGAGAAGAUGCUCAAGCUAUAUCAACAAGAGGGUGAUAAAAAGAGUCGAUCGGAGGCAGAACGAAAACGAAUCGAAUCGAAUCAAAAAAUGAUGCUUCUCACCCAGGCUUUAAAGCGUUACAAGAAUCUCGAAGUCACCGGAAUCAAGGAUGAUGAUGCGGAAUCCGAAGAACGCAAAGGGCACCCCCGUCGUCCUCUAUCCGGUGCUCUUCAGAUCACAAUUGCCUCUGCCAAAGAUUUAGACCACGCUCCAUUAACCAGUAAAAAAGGAAUCACCGAAUCGAUCGUCGUGGUCAAAGUUGAAGAUACACCUCGAGCUAGAACCCAUCCGGUUCGUAACGACCGUUGGAAUGAGGCCUUUGAGAUCCAUGUCGACAAGGCCAAUGAAUUAGAGGUGAUCAUCUACGAUCGUGCCUCCUCUGCUCAAGACUCAGUUAUUCCGAUCGGGGUAUUGUGGAUUCGUCUAAGUGAUGUCGUAGAAGAGCUCAGGCGAAAGAAAUUCGGCCUUGAGUCUGGUCCUGGCUGGGUGACAGCUGCUCGGGUCAAAGAAACAGGAAGUGGUGGUGGUGAAUUGAUGAACUUACCACCCGGAGCCGCGCCCGCUGGUUUUGCUCCACCGGAACCUUCAAUUUCCAGCGACCAAGCUGCUGGCACGUCCUCUGACGGUGUCGACGCUUGGUUUGCAGUCGAGCCCGCUGGCGCGCUCCGACUUCAGCUGAACUUUGUUAAAUCGAAUGUACGCAAGAGACCAUACGACACUGGCGGUUUGGGUCGUCAAGGUGCCGUGAGGAAGAGGAAGGAAGAGGUUCACGUUCAAAACGGGCAUCAAUUUGUCGCUCAGCAGUUCUACCAGAUCGUACGAUGUGCCCUCUGUGGGGAGUUGCUCUACAAUGCCUCAGGCAUGCAAUGUGAAGACUGCAAGUAUUUAUGUCACAAGCGCUGUUUUACCAAAGUGGUCACCAAAUGUAUUUCCAAGUCCAACGUCGAUACAGAUGGCGAUGAAGAAAAGAUGCUGAACUAUCGCAUUCCACAUCGUUUUGAGCCAAUGACAACCAUCACACCUAGUUGGUGUUGUCAUUGUGGGAUGAUGCUUCCACUAGGUCGUCGGCAACUAGCUCGUAGAUGUACCGAGUGUCCCAUAACUGCCCAUGCCGACUGCACUCAUCUCGUCCCUGACUUUUGUGGCAUGUCCAUGGAGAAAGCAAAUAGACUCUUGCAAGAGAUCAAGACCGCCAAAAGCCGACAGUCCACCCGGAUGAGCUCUCACUCGCCAUUGAAGCCUUCGCCUGAGCCUCCUCAAUCCCUUCACCAGGACAUGGGAAGACUUCAGCUGAGCAACACUAGCCCCCCGUCUCCCCCCGCAGGCCCAUCCAGCGACUAUCAACAAAGCCACUCACCUGGAAGUCGUACAUCUUUAUCUAGUCAUCCUCCCGGAUCAUUUAACGAUCCGAGUCGUCAUGAUAGAUUAUCAAUCACAGGUCCACCCAUGCCGCGCCCCUUACCCGCCCAACCUUCCAUGCCCCCAUCGCAAAGUGGCGCAGGUCCCCCCUUUCCGCCUUUCCCUCAGCCAGGCGGCAACGAAGGACCCAUACCUUAUCCUCCUCAGCCGCGGCCCCUUCCCUCACAACCUUCUCAAACACGUCCCGAGUUUCCUAACCCACUUGCCCUUGUACCAUCUCAUUCUUCUGGCCCGCCGUCAUCUACUCCUCAAGUUACCUCUCCUGUCAAGUCUAAAGGGUCUCGUAAGAUCGGAUUGGAUGAUUUUAACUUCUUGGCUGUCUUGGGUAAAGGAAACUUCGGGAAAGUCAUGCUGGCUGAGGAGAAACGUUCGGGUCAGCUGUGGGCCAUCAAAGUGCUCAAGAAAGAUUUCAUCAUCGAGAACGAUGAAGUAGAAAGUACUAAGUCAGAGAAACGAGUAUUUCUGACAGCCAGUCGCGAGCGCCAUCCGUUUUUAAUUGGCUUACAUUCUUGCUUCCAGACUGAAACUCGAAUCUAUUUUGUGAUGGAAUAUGUCAGUGGUGGUGAUUUAAUGUUGCACAUCCAGCGCGAACAAUUCACACCUCGAAGGGCCAAAUUUUACGCCGCCGAAGUCCUGCUGGCAUUAGAGUAUUUCCACCAAAAUGGGGUGAUUUAUCGAGAUUUAAAACUCGAUAAUAUUUUAUUGACAUUGGAUGGGCACAUUAAGGUUGCUGAUUAUGGGCUUUGCAAAGAAGAAAUGUGGUAUCAAAACACAACAAGUACGUUUUGUGGAACACCAGAGUUUAUGGCACCAGAGAUAUUGCUAGAGCAGCGAUAUGGCAGGGCGGUAGAUUGGUGGGCGUUUGGGGUGUUGAUCUAUGAGAUGUUAUUGGGACAAUCUCCAUUUAGGGGGGACGACGAGGACGAGAUUUUUGACGCAAUCCUGGAGGAUGAACCGCUGUAUCCGAUUCAUAUGCCCCGAGAUUCAGUGUCGAUCUUGCAGAAACUGCUGACCAGGGACCCUACUAGAAGGUUGGGUGGCGGCCCUAAUGACGCGGAAGAAAUCAAGGCACAUCCGUUUUUUAGAGAAACCAAUUGGGCUGACGUCUAUGGCAAGAAAAUCCCUGCCCCCUACUUCCCUACCAUUAAUGGUCCGAUGGAUGUCUCGAAUUUUGAUUCGGAAUUCACAAAAGAAUCACCUAGAUUAACGCCUGUUCAUAGUCAGCUUAGACCGGAAGACCAAAAGGAAUUUGAAGGGUUCUCCUGGACUGCUCCUUGGGCUCAAUAGAUCAUAUUUCUCUAUAGCUUUCUUACUCACAUCUAAAUAUAUUCAACCCCAUUUUUUUGAUUUGUCCUAUGAUAAAUUAUUACUACUAUUUAUUUAUUUUUAUUUUAUGUUUCUUUUCUUUUUUCUUUAUCGAUGUCUAUCUUCUAUCAUGGGAAGAUUUAAGUGAAUCCAUCCCACCUAUCAAAGAGCACUUGUACAUCGUGAUUGUCCGCAUCCAAAAAGGAAAGAGUAAAUCAAC